CUUCUCCCCUCGAGCUCUUUGCCUGCUUACCAUCACUGUACCGCAUCAACCAACUUGAUAAUGGGGAUCAUUCUGUCCUGGCUCCGUGAAGCUGUCCCUCCGGCGAGCAAGUUCUCCGUGGACGACAUCCCAGACCUCUCGGGCAAGGUCGUCAUCGUCACAGGAGGCAGCACCGGCAUAGGCCGCGAAACAGUCAAAGCACUCCUCACACACAACGCCAAAGUCUACAUCGCAGCGCGAAACGAGGCGCAGUCAAAGGCGACGAUCACUGCGCUGGCUAGAGAAACGGGGAACGAGGCUAUCUUUCUCAGCCUCGACCUCGCGAGCCUGCGUUCUGUCAAGGCUGCCGCGGAGGAGUUCAUGAGACAAGAGGUGCAGCUGGAUAUUCUGUUUAACAACGCGGGUGUGAUGGUCCCGCCUGUAGACCUUCUCACUGAAGACGGCUACGAUCUUCAAUUCGGCACGAAUGUCCUCGGCCACUUCUACUUUACGAAGCUUCUCCUACCGCUCCUCGCAUCGACCGCACGCCGCACCGCGAGCGGGCACGUCCGCGUCGUGACAACGUCCUCCUCGGGGCACCUCUUCGGCUCGCUCGACUUCGACACAUUCCGCGACGACAACGGCCGCAAGUCCAAGCGGAGAAAACAGUCCUCUAAUGCGCUGUAUUGUCAGAGCAAGUUUGGAAACGUCGUUUUCGCACUCGAGCUCACCAGACGGCACGGCGCCGACGGCAUCGUCAGCACCUCCCUCAACCCGGGUAACAUCCAGUCGGAUCUGCAACGCCAUAUCCCCAAGCUCGCGCGCAAGCUCGCAAACAUUUUCCUCCUAUACAGCACGCCCAAAGGCGCACUCACCCAGCUGUACGCAGGCACCGCGCCCGAGGCGGCAGAGCUCAACGGAAAGUAUCUGGUCCCAUGGGCGAGGCUCGGUCAACCCAAGAAAAGCACUCAGGACCCAAAGCUGGGCGAGAAGCUGUGGGACUGGCUGGAGGAGCAGGUCAAGAACGUCGACGGCAAACCAGAAGAGUCGGGUUCGGAAGUGAAUGUCACCACAUAGGCGGCAAGGAGAUCCGCCCUUAGCUUGCAUAGACCUGUGUUAUAGUGCGAGAUGUGAUCUUAUGGGCGAUUACUUGAUUUUGUGCUUCGAGGAGUUAUAGCAGAACGCAAUCAUGUCAUUAAGAGGAUGGCAAAGGUUUAAAAG